AUGGUGGCAGGAUCGAGGAAACGUAGGCGUCCGGAUGGACGUCUUGCCUCGCCGCCUCUGGCUCCUUCGCCUCUUCUCACUCGUAAUUUGCAGUUGCUACCUGUCGGCCUAACGCAGCUUCCGAACGAUGCGCUCUUCCUCUCUCGGCUGAGAAAAGAUGUCGAUGGUCUACUCAGCGCCUUUGCUGAAGCCUUCUUGCUCUCGAUCAUCACACAUGGAAUUCAGACCGGACACCAAGGGCCAACGUCUUUCCUUGGUCCUACAUCCAGCUCAGUCUACGAGGGGCAGCACGUAGCAUCGCCAUUCUCGGUCUUCACCCAAGUCUGGCAGCAAAAGGGGUGGCACUACGCUCAGUUCACCUUUGCAGAUCAUGCAGACAGUAAACGUGCGGUGGGAAACGCGAUCUGUCGAGUCCUGCUCGAGCACCUCACACCCUACGUCGCCGAGCACAAUGACAGCAAUAAUGACGAGGCACCUCUGUCCAUCAGCUUCGCAGAUCUGAAACAGCUGUUCAAGAUCCUGGCUGUACCUUUUGCACUGUACAUGUUCUGGGUCACCCAGAUCUACCCUACCUCAGGUAUCGGCGUCAAACACUGUCGACCAGCACUCGAGCGUAUCGCCAUCGAACAGGACUACUACGAUUGGCUGCUCGAGUUUCCCGAAGCUGUACUCAAGCACUUGCGAGAAGAACAAAGGACACGAUCUCAGGCCGAAGCGAUCACCGCUGAUCUUGCUGAGCUUUUGUGCCGGCUUGCUGGUAAGCCAUUUGACGAGCAAUCGCUCCCUCAGGCUACGGAGAAGACACAGAAGCCAGCGCCGAAACCUCGCAAAAACGCUUCUAGCAAUCCAAGACGCUCAACAAAACCACCAGAACGUCUCGAGCAGAACACAGCCUCAGCGGCAGCGUAUCCAGAUGGCAUCUUUGAUAUCAUACCCUCAUCAAAGCUGGGCACGCGGCUUCCGAGAACGUGGCCAUCAGUAAAAAUAAUGUCGACACUGCAAGCAAACAAAGAGUUCGGUCGCGUUGGAAACAUCGUUCGCUUCCGUCAGCGCGAGAACGAGGGCGACAAUACAGCAUCGAGCAGCAGAGCAGGAGAAGGAGCGGGCGAGGUGAAGGAGAAAGUUGCAGGUCUCUCACGAGGUGACGUCGUUCGACUCAAAGCUAGACAGCGUUUGGCUGUUGCUUCUGCAGAUCUCUCAAAGCUGCUUCCUCGCACAGCCAGAAACAGCGCUUCGACGUCCGAGCAGGGCGCAUCGGGAUCAAAGAGGUCAGAACUGAUAGCGCAGACUGCACAGCAUACUGCUCCAACAACCUCAUCAUCGCCUAGACGCGGGAGGUACGAAAUCGAAACACCAGCUUGGAUCAGCAAUGCCAAGUAUACAGCCAAACUCAAACCUUGGUUGGAAGAGUCGCCUACACUCAUGCAGCAGUCUAUACAGCGUAGUGCUGAUAGUAAGAGGCGAUACCAGGCUGCACGGGAGAACGCCAUGCCUUCCGAGAGCGUGGGAACAGACUUUGGUGAAUGGGUGUUGCAGAAGUUCAGAGAGGAAAGAAAGAAGCGUGCUGAUCAACGAGAAAUAGGAGAGCAGCAGCGAGAAGAUCAAGAGCAAGCGGAGUUGGCAAGAGUCGAACAUGAAGGAUCGCUCUCUUUAGAGGAGCUGUAUCGGCUGGCUGCCGAACGCACCAAGACUGCUGCUGUGCAACAAGGCGAGUUGCUCAAGUCGAUAAAGAGUCGGUCGAGUGGCUCCAGAUGA